AACCGUUUUUCCUUUUCCAUUUCGGAGGCUUUCCCCUUUCGUCAUUUUCCGCGUAAACCACACUCACCUUCUCCUUCCUUCCCCUCUUUUAAAUUCCGCCUUCUCUCUCUCUCUCUCACACACACACACACCAACAACACCACAAAAAUAAAAACACACACAUUUACACUCUUGUUCUAUAUUCCGUUACACCAAGCGAGCCUCGUGCAGGUGACAGAAAAAUGCCAGAAGAUCAGUUGAACAGACACACGAUCAGAUCACAUGGAGCUAAAGUGGCAAGGACACAUAUGCAUGACUGGUUGAUUCUUUUGCUUCUUGUUAUCAUUGAUGGGAUCUUGAAUGUGAUAGAACCAUUUCACCGUUUUGUUGGAGAGGGGAUGAUGUCCGACUUGAGAUACCCGUUGAAAGAUAAUACUAUACCCUUUUGGGCUGUUCCAAUUGUAGCAAUAUUGUUGCCAAUAGCAAUCAUUCUUGUUUACUAUCUCAUCCGAAAGGAUGUUUAUGACUUCCACCAUGCUAUCUUGGGCCUUUUAUUUUCUGUACUCAUUACUGCGGUGAUAACGGAUGCUAUCAAAGAUGGUGUUGGACGGCCACGCCCAGAUUUCUUCUGGCGUUGUUUCCCUGAUGGAAAAGGGGUGUUUGAUCCAGUAACAAGGAAUGUUAGAUGUACUGGAGAUAAGAGUGUUAUUAAGGAAGGGCACAAAAGUUUUCCAAGUGGACAUACCUCUUGGUCCUUUGCUGGACUUGGUUUUCUUGCAUGGUAUCUAUCCGGGAAAAUUAAGGCAUUUGACCGUAGGGGCCAUGUUGCAAAGCUUUGUAUUGUUUUCUUUCCGCUUCUUGUGGCAGCUAUGAUUGCUGUCUCUCGUGUUGAUGAUUAUUGGCAUCAUUGGCAAGAUGUUUUUACUGGAGGGCUUAUAGGUUUGACAAUCUCUUCCUUUUGUUACUUACAAUUCUUUCCACCUCCAUAUGACACAGAUGGAUGGGGACCUCAUGCAUAUUUCCAGAUGUUGGCUGAACCUAAUGGCGUUCAAACUUCUUCGAACAGCAAUUAUGCGCAGCAUGCUGAGGUUCAGAUUCUAUCUGUGUGUAUCCCACCUCAACAUGAUGGCGAUAAUGCAAGGAUACAUUGAUUGUACAUUAAGUGUGACAUAGGAAAAAUCACAGAAUGUCCAUAAUCUGUAACAAAUAUAAGGAUUCGAUAAGAUUAUUUUGCAGAUAAACAACACUACAGUAUCAUUGGUUGUUACAGAUGCACUAUGUCAAUUACUUAUUUACUUAAGUUGAUAGUAGAUGUUUGUUGGAUUAGGAGUAUCUUGUUAUUGGUCUUUUUCGGUCAUCUUAUUUGUUAGUUGGUAUAGUCACCACAGUGUAAUUAUGUUCAUAUCAUAUUAAUAGUUGAGGAGGGUUUGAUGGAUCCCAAA